ACUUCAUUUCCCCUCAACUGUAAUGAUACUCCAACAAAACAAUACCAGUGUAUUGGUUACAUCCGUACAUUGAUUGCAUGAAGCACAAACACUGACACGCUGACAUGGGGCAAAUAGUGUGUGGUAUUCUAUGAGUGUUGCGAAAUGCGAACAAAACCGCCACACAAGGUAAGAUCGAUCAGUCCAGAGAACAGUGCCACAGUGCAGCAGAGUCACCAGCUGCGAGAGGACAUCAUGACGCCUUAUACCACCGACGGCGUGGCAACUCUGGUCUGUAUGCUGAUGACUGGAACUGUUCUUGGCGUUCAAGAAAGGACAUACGUGACGGUUUUUACACAGAACUUUGAUAGUUAUGCCGGAAAUAUGUACCUGUACAUAACCUCAUCGCGCCCUCAACCAGUUACAGUUCAAGUGUUUGUUCCUUAUCUCAACAACACAGCUCCUUUCCAAAACCUCACGCUUGACCCAGGACAAAGAACCAAGGUCACAUUGUCCCAUGAUGUACAGAUGCCGACAGGAACUACGACGUCAAACAGGAUAAUCCGCGUCGUGGCCUCCGACGAUGUUUCAGUGCUGGCACUGAACGCUGAAGCGUCGAACCUUGAUAUGUAUCAAGUGAAGGAGACGAGCCAACUGGGAAAGGAGUAUGUGGUCGUGGCGCCUGACUCCUACAGUUCAUACGGUGCAGCAACGGUGGGAGUAGUCUCCCCUUUCCCAAACACUCAGGUGAAGGUCACCCUUCCAGAGUCACAUGCUAACAUUUCUGCAGUAAUAAAUGGACUCCCGCAGUUAUUAUCUAGGGAAUUUUCAAUCAUAUUGCAAGAGAACCAAACGUUUCAGAUGCAAUCCGUCGAUGAACUUUCUGGGACGUACAUUGCUUCUAACAAACCUAUUGCCGUUUUGACUGGAGUAAAUAGGACCUCAUCUUCCAAGGAUCUUUGUGCGGACGGGCAAAUAACUCAACUUCUUAGUUUAGAUAAAAUAGGUACUAAAUACAUUGCUUUUGGAUUACCUUUGUCUGAUGUCCAGGACUACAUAAACAUCGUCUCUACACAAGCCGACACAGAGAUCUCGUUUGAUGGAACAACGUCAAUACUCGCCAAUGCAAGGGAGAUAACUAGGCUACGUAUUCAGCGAAAUCAGUUCAAAUUGAUUGAAAUAUCGAAAUCAGCAGUCGUAUCCAUGACAACCAAAUCAGGUCUUUCUGGCAGUAUCCAGGGUGAUGUGUCCACGUACAUGCUUCAUCCCCUUCCACUGAGGGGCCUGCUUUACACAAUCACAGUGCCGGAUGCCACAGCGUUCUCUGGCCCCCGUAGAUACCUUGUCAUCAUGGUCGAGAACGACGGCGUGGACGACAUUCUGUUGGACGACGUUGCCAUCUCAGGAGCAGCAUGGAUGCCAGUCACGAACACCAAUAUCUCAGCCUGCUUCUAUCUGGUAUCAGAUAAUAUGGAGGCCAGAGUCCUGAGACACAGACGAGGGAAGCCGUUGGCUGUGUAUAUACUGGGCUUCGCCUAUUGUCAAGCAUAUGCAAUUGCAUUUGAAGCCAAUGAAAGAGAUAAACUUCUCCCUGCAGUCAACCAGACUCAAGUUAACUCCCGAGAUUUGCGUGAACACGCAGGAAAAAGAAAGACGUCACAGAGGAUGACGUUACUCACUGCACCGUUCUUGCAAGCUUGUUUCUCCUUCUGCCUUAACUACGCGGAAUGUGAAGGUGUGAACUUCCUAAAGAACGCGUCGCCAAUGGACAUCAACUGUGAGCUGCUGUUCACCGAGACUGACGGAGAACAAGACGGCGCAGGCUGGACGUACUAUCAACUCGUGCCCAACUGAUUCUGGAAAUUUGUUAAUGAGGAUAAGUUAAACGAAAUCUUGACAAUAUGAUUUGCUUUGUGUGCUCGACAAAAGUUAACGCAUUAGCGCGUUAACGAAUUGAAUGGAACUUGAUUACAAUGUGUUUCUUACCAUUUAUCAUCUUGUAUUGAAUAAACGUUUCUGUAUCUUUUGAACUGAAAUGAAAAUUGCCUUGAUUACGUGUUCUGCAGCAGUUUUAUACUAUGUUUACUAUUACACUGGUUUUACCAUUAUAACCACACGAACUAACAUAGGGGUGCUAUCCUGCUUCUAAAUGUUGAAACAAUUUCAAAUUGAUGUGGGUCAUUGAUAAUAAUAAGUGCAUUUCUAAGGCACCUUUUUCAUUAACUACGUGGUUGCUCAAAGUGCACUUCUUACCACUCAACAAUCAUUCUCGGGUAACAUUACAACCACCUAACCAGCUCCAAUCCUUCCAUGCCCCAUUCCAACCCGCAACCCCGGAGAAUCUACAGGUGUAGUUUUUGAACAUCGCCUCCGUGGUCUAGUGGUAGAGCGUCCGCCCGGAGAACGGAAGGUCCGGGGUUCGAUCCCCGACCGCGUCAUACCAAAAUACGUUAAAAGAUGGUACUUGUUACUCCGUCUGGCGC